CGCUCCUGCGCCUCCGGGAAGCGGACGAAACUUUGAUUUGACGCAGUAACGUUCGGCACAAUCUGCGCAAGUUCGGGAGGAAGGUAAACAAGAUGGCGACAACCUGAGAGGAAAGAGUAUUACGAAUUGUCAGAGAUUAUUAAGUGUUUUCUCGGAGGGGGGCUCAGAAUUCCGAGCGAUAUUUCACUGUAUAAGGACAGACGGACACUGCGGUGGAGACCGGUUCAUAUGGAUUAAGGCACUAAACAGUGUUGAGAUGGAGGACACCUGACACUGGACGGUUCGGUCGACCUCCCGACUGACACCAGGAAUUGGACAGAGCCUGCUGCUUUUUGCCUCCAAUCUGAGCUCAUCCAGAUAUCCACCCUAGUGUGUCCCAUGGAAGUUGUGCCACACAGUACGGAUCUUUGACAGCAAUGCCGUGCUGCCAGGUUUUGAGGGAAAAGACAUUGCCUUGACCUAAAACUGUACUGUAAUUAAUAAAUUAAUAGGUGAUUGAGACUAAUAAAGGAUUAAUGUUGUAGAAUUAUAUAUUUUUAAUUUUUUCUGCAAAUGCACCUAUAGCUUUAGUUCCUAAUGCAGAGUUCUAGGCGCUAAAUUGUCACAGCAGACACCCCUUCUCAUUGCUCUUGAGGAAGAAGAGUCCUAAUGUUUACAGAUGUCCAACUGAUAAUCCCUCAACUCCAAGGCCUCAUAAUUCCCUCCUCCAUUUUCAGUAUUUUUCAAAUUCUCCCCCUUGAAUAGAAACACCUGAUUUCCUGCUGACAGAUUAACAGUGGAUUUUACCCCAGUAGCAUUAAAGCCGUUUGCAAACAUUGUGUUUCACACAAGGCUAAAGGUGCAGUGUUUGAACUUUGCAGUCAUGAGUGCCGGAGAGCUGCAUCAUCUGGACUAUUUAAAUGAAAAUGAACUGAUGGAGAUGGACACUUUCAUCCACCGCAUUGAUUCUACAGAGGUGAUCUACCAGCCACGGAGGAAGAGGGCAAAGCUAAUAGGAAAAUACUUAAUGGGGGAUCUUUUAGGAGAAGGAUCUUAUGGCAAAGUUAAAGAAAUGCUGGACUCAGAAACACUUUGUCGGAGGGCUGUUAAGAUCCUGAAGAAGAAGAAACUUAGGAGGAUUCCCAACGGUGAAGCCAAUGUGAAGAAGGAGAUUCAGCUGCUAAGAAGACUCCAACACAAGAAUGUGAUUCAGUUGGUGGACGUACUUUACAACGAGGAGAAGCAGAAAAUGUAUAUGGUGAUGGAGUAUUGUGUUUGUGGGAUGCAAGAAAUGCUGGAUAGUGUUCCAGAGAAAAGAUUUCCAGUGUUCCAAGCUCACGGGUACUUUUGCCAACUUAUAGAUGGCCUUGAAUAUUUGCACAGCCAGGGAAUCGUUCACAAAGACAUUAAACCUGGAAAUCUGCUGCUAACCACGGAUGGGGCACUUAAAAUCUCCGACCUUGGAGUAGCAGAGGCCCUUCACCCAUUUGCUGAAGAUGACACGUGUCGCACGAGUCAGGGCUCUCCCGCCUUCCAGCCUCCGGAAAUCGCCAAUGGACUGGAUACUUUUUCAGGGUUUAAAGUGGACAUUUGGUCUGCUGGAGUAACACUAUAUAACAUUACAACAAGUCUUUAUCCGUUUGAGGGAGACAAUAUCUAUAAGCUAUUUGAGAACAUUGGAAAAGGAGACUACACUAUUCCGGAGGACUGUGGACCUCUUCUGUCAGAUCUGCUGCGAGGAAUGCUUGAGUAUGACCCUGCACAGAGGUUUUCUAUACAGAACAUUAGGCAACACAACUGGGUGCGAAAGAAACACCCACCCGCUGAGCCCCCCGUACCCAUCCCUGCCAACGCGGAGAGCAGAGACCCCUGGAGGAGCAUGACGGUGGUUCCCUACCUGGAGGAUUUGCACGGAUACAGAGAGGAGGACGACGACGAGUUUUAUGAUGGCGAGGAUGAGAUCAUAUACACUCAGGACUUCACAGUGCCAGGACAAGUGGAAGAAGAGGAGCAGGAAGAGGAGAGCGUGGAUUACUGUCCAGCUGUAGCCAAACCAGUUUGUGUGAACGGGACAGAAGGAGGCUCUCUGAAUAGCAAGGCCAAAACCGAACGCAGAUCCUCCUCCUCAUCCAACCCAUCACGCAAAGGGGUCUCAACAGCCAGCAAAAUCCGCAAGCUCUCCGCCUGUAAACAGCAAUGACGGCUCUCUCCUCUUCCUCUGACAGCAACACACCCAGUUGAUCUUUCCUGGUUCUCCUGCUGACGUUGAUGUCCCCACACCUCCUUGGACCACUGUCUUCUGAAGAUAUGAGACCAGAGGACGACGGCAUGAAAAGAUCUUUGAGCUCUCAGACUGAGGCUGCGACGUUGUUGUUGUUUUUUUUCAGUGUUGCCCUUCAAAAGUGUCAUCUCUGCUCCCUCUCCUCCCAUCAUCUUUGCAAGAGGCCAAGUGUUUCAGCCGGACACAAAAUCUCCCCCCUCAUCUCUCCACCUUCUGUUUUCUUUGACUACUUUUGUUUUUACAGACUCCCAAUGGCCGUUUUAAAUACACAUUGUGAUGUGUAACGAAUUAAAGUGGGAUAAAAAUGUAUGUAGAAUUCUAUAUUUACAUUUGUAAUGAGGCUAAAACACCACAGACAUAAAACUGCAUGCUGUACA